AAGGUGGCGCUCGUUGGCCGCGCGCCUCCAGUUAGAUCUCCCGCUGGAUUAACAGAAUCAAAAUCCGAUCACCAUGCGGACUUUCACGCUACUGGCCAUAGUCGUGGCACUGGCCGCCCUGUCGGAGGCUCGACCACAAGACGAAGCGGAGUAUUACGACGAUGUGGUCGAGACAGCCCCUGUCCCCUCUUCCACCGCCCGGCCGACCUCUCUCAACCGCGGUCGAGGUCUGUCGUCGCUAAGGAAACCUGCGGCCGGCAAAAAGGUCGCACCUGAGCCGAGCAGCACAACGACCACCACCACUGCCGCCCCUGCAGAAUACGAGGACGAGGAGGAAAACUCGCAGGAAGAAGCAGCGGCGCCCGUCUCUGAGGAACCCACCACCAAGAAGUACUUGAUCGCCGGUCGCAACGGCGUUGUGCGUCCCUUCCGCAGCAACGACGAGUUGCUGGCCGCCCUCAAGCGUCGUCGCUCGCAGACCAAGGUGUCCACCCACGCGCCGCCCUCGAGCGGGCAGGAUGAGCAGACCGAGGCCCCGAAGCCCGUCAAGCCCAACAAGGGGGGCAACCGCAGCAACAACGUGAACGCCGUGCCCCGCAAGCACUUCAGUCCGAGUACCAGGGGCCACGUGGCGCCGCAGCCGGUGGCGCAGAGCGUGGAGCCGGUGGAGGCGCCCAAGGCCCGCCACGCGCCCCCGACCUUCGCCAGGAGGGCCAGUCUGAACAGGUCGCGGCCGCAGGAGGAGCAGUUGGCCGCCGAGGACGCCGAGGAGUCGCAGCAACACCAGGAGGACGCCCCCGCACCCAAGAGAACCUUCUCUCCGCGCAGGCGUUCUUAGAUUAAACUUACAAAAGGAAAAUUAAGAUAAUUAAAUGACUUUCCGAAUGUACUUUUUUUCAUUAAUUCUCUUCACUUAAAUUUGAAAAAUGCGAGUGAUUUUGAAGACGUAGUGUGUUUGCGAAUUUAUAUAGAUAAUAUGAUUAAAAGGAGAAUUCACGAGUAAUUAUUUUCAAUUUUUUAUGUGAAACUUUUUAGGAAAUUUCAUCAAACAAUAAAAGUGAAAAUUGUAAAAAAUUAUUAAAUCAAGGGAAAAGAUAAACCUUAACCCACUAAAAGUAUUUGAACUUCCAGAUUACGAUUCCAGAAGACGAUUCUUGUAUCUUGUAUGUAAACAAUUUUUGUUAAUCUAACAUUUUUUUCUUUGAAUUGAAGAAAUUUCAUCUACUUUCACACAUUAAAUAAAUUGAAAAUCAUUACUAGAGUUCUUAAAAGUCUCGCCUCAUCAUUUUGCUAAAGUGAGAUUCUUCUGCGAACUGUAUGUUUGACGCCGCGCCUCUGGAAUAUAUAAAUUAUUAAUGCCUUGUGGGAUUUCACAUUUUUGUUCAAGAUAAAACGUGAGUCGUCGUUGUGUGUAUAUAAAUAUAUAUCCAGUUUCUCUUUUCCUCUCUUGUACAGCACGUCGCUCAAAUCUUCCACAUGUUAAGUAACAAGAAGUACAACCGCGAAAAGGUCAACGGCAUUGUGUAAAAUAGCAUUUGAAUAUUUUAUUCAACAACUUAUUUCUGGAUUCCGUUCUUUGUUAAUCUUAUCCAACGUGUGUAUAAAUAAAUAAUUUAAUCGAAGA